AUCCAAGAUACACUAGAGAAAGAACUGAAGAGAGGGAAGAGAAGGAUGAAGGCUGGGUGCAGUGCAAUGAAGAAGAUGAAGAAUCGGAGGACUUUUCUAUUGAUGGUACUAGCAUGCAGUGUAAAUGACGAAGGUAGUUGUGCUGGAAGUGACAUGGACAGGUGGAAUAUUGCAAGCUUAUUUCAGGGUGAAGAUUGUAAUCGGCUUAACUCAUUACCAAGACUACAGAGUGUGCAAGGAAUAACAGAAGGGGCAAACCGGGAGAACCGGAAGCAAAGCAGGAACACACCAUCUAGGGGUGAACCAGGGGUAGAGUGGAAAGAUCACCAAGAUGACCAAAUGACAGAAGUACUUUCCAACCAACUUAGGGAGAUAGACGUUUACCAACCUCUGGAACAAGAGAGGGAGGCCGGGAGCAGUCCUUUUCUAGCCUGUCCAUCAUUCCCAGGUAACCAAGUGAAUUCGGUUUGUGCUACUAAUGUGUCUCCUGUGUCUUUGGUUCCAGAUUCUGUUCCUGUUUCAUGUCCUGUAGCCCAUGAAUAUGCAGCCGAGCUAGUUGGUGGGCUCUCCGAGGAGGGGGAGAGGGGAAGGAAGGAAAGUGGGAAGGUGUGGGAAGGAAGGUAUAGGAGUGAAAAAUUGUGGGAAAUCAUUGAAAGAGUGUUUAAGGAAGUGGAAGGAAAGUUGAUCUAGAGGAGGGAAGGGGAGGAAGGAAGAGGGGAGGGGUUAGUGGAGAGGAGGGAAGGGAAUGAGGGUAGAGAUGGAGAGGAUUACGGGGAGAGAACAGGGAAGGAGGGAGGUAACAGGAGAGGGAUGAUGGAUGGAGAGGAAAGAACAGAGGUGGGACCAGAGGAGAGGAAGAAAGGGCAGGUGGACAAAGAUGGAGGGGAUUCUGUAGGAAGGGUAGGGGUGGAGGACUCGGUGAGAGAAGACAUGAUAGCAGAAUUUGUAGGGAAGUUGGGUUGUAGGUUGGAAGAUUUGAAUGUGUUGAGAUAAAGCUUAUAGAAGAGGAAGAAGGAGAUCAGAACAAAGAAGAGGAGAUUGAGUGAAGUAGAGAAACUAAAGAGAGAUGUAGAAGGUGACAAGAAGCUCGGGGUAAACGGAGAUAGAAGGAAAGGGGGAAAGUAGUGGGUAGGUGGCAAGGGGUUUAAAAAAGAAGUGGAAUGAAGAUUCUUAGUUGGAAUGUGAGAGGAAUUGGGAGUGCAAGGAAGAGAGCGACAAUAAAAGAGGUAAUAAGGAGGUAUGACCCAGACAUUGUGCUGUUGCAAGAGUCUAAGAGAAUGGAGUUUAAUAACAAAUGGGGAAGGAGUGUAUGGAAAGCUAGGGGGAUUAGCUGGGUGGCUGCUCCCUCGUGGGGUGCUUCCGGGGGGAUUGUAACAAUGUGGAAGAGGGACGUGGUUGAAGGUUUGGAGGAGUUGAUCGGAAAGUUCGGUUUCCAUGAAGUUUAAGCAGCAAGAGGAUGAUUAUAUGUGGGUGCUCACAAAUGUAUACGGACCAAAUGACUACAGAGAGAGAAAGGAGUUGUGGGAGGAAUUGGCUGAUGUUAGAGGGUUGUGGGAUGGGCCCUGGUGUAUGGGUGGGGAUUUCAAUGUGAUCAGAUUCUCGGAGGAAUCCAAUAAGGUUAAUCAAAGGGUGACAAAAAGCAUGAAGAAGUUUAACAGUUUUGUGGAUGCCUUUGAGCUUAAAGAGAUUCCCCUAGCCCAUAAGACAUUUACAUGGUCAAAUC